CAGAAAGCAAUCUGAAAAGAAAUUAAACCCUGCUGAUAUUUAUAUUUUCAUUCACGCUUUCAAAAGCAAGUCAGCCAUUAUGGCGAUGGGUUAUUCGUCCUUAAGUUGUUAGCCUUUUAUACGACGAUUUCCCUGUUUAAGUUUUCAUGACGCAGGAUUUUCUAUAGAAAUGAAUUGGGUCCAAUCAAUGCGUGCUCUCUGUGAAUAUACGUGUGAUCCACUUGUAUUUAAAAGUGGUCCUCUUCAAGUGUCAUAUUCUAUAAUAUUGACAAAUUUCAAUCAUUUCAGUUGAUAUUUUCCGCAGCAAAAUGCAUUGUCUUGCUUUUCUUCUAAUCUCGUUGGACCUAAUAAAGCAAGAGAAUUGGGUAACUGUGGUGUGAAAGGGGAUCAACUGCAAUGUUGCGAUAAUUACAUGUUAAAGAACGGAAAGUGUAUCGAAUGUCCACCUGGUAAAUUUGGCAAAAGCUGCUCGAAAAAUUGUCCAGAUGGGUACUAUGGGAAGUUCUGUAGCAGCAAGUGUACUUGCUUUGAGGGACAGAUUUGUCACUACAAGAAAGGCUGCAUCCAGAGUCCAGAACGUUCCAAAGCAAACUAUGAUGCCUGUUUACAGAACGAACCGAGGAUGGGGAACAGAAGCUGUUGCGUGAACGAGAGAACUGUGGGAAAGCAAUGUCAAGAGUGUUGGAGAGGGCGGUUUGGUAAAGACUGUAAAUACCCAUGUCCUGUACGUAGAUACGGUCGAUUCUGUCUGGGGACGUGCAACUGUACAACUAAUGAAAUCUGUAACCGAGAGAUGGGUUGUAUAUUGAUUAAAAGUGAAUCAUUCUGA